AUGGACACCACUGACCUCAGCGCUAAGCGUCCUCGGACUGUCCAGCACCCAGCUGUGGAGGAGGCCGUCGCCUUCUGGGUCUUGCAGUGCCAGCACCGUGGGGUCGCUCUCACUGGAGAUCUCAUACGGGCCAAGGCUCAGACCUUUGCGGGAUCAAUGGGCGUCUCGGAGGAAAACAUCAGCUUUUCGCAUGGGUGGCUCCACAAAUUUCAGCAACGCCACAAACUGCGAGCUGUCCGCAUUCAUGGCGAGAGUGGCUCAGCAGAUAUGGGCGCUCUAGAGGAGGCUCUUCCACACCUCAAGGCCGUGGUUGCUGGUUAUGCGCCACGUGACGUGUACAACAUGGACGAAACUGGUUUGUUCUACAGUAUGACGCCCAACAAAACGAUCGCCCAGCAAGAGGUCGAAGGGUUUAAAAAAGACAAGACGCGCAUCACAGUUGCUCUCACGGCAAACGCUGAUGGAUCCGACAAACUCCCGCCGGUCUUCAUUGGACACGCCAAAAAGCCGCGGUGUUUUGAGCGCAAGACAGCUGAGCGACUGACCUUUCUCUACCGCAACAACAAGAAAGCCUGGAUGACUGGCAUAAUCUUCCAGGAAUGGCUGGGAGACGUCGACAAAAGUAUGAAGGUAAUUUGGGGCAUGCCUUGA